AUGGAAUGUAAAAAGAUUCCAAAGGAGCGUAGGCAUUCGUUUCCCAGGUCCAAGCCUCCUUAUAGUGCUUCAUCUUACUCUAGAAGUUUCUAUACCUACUCCAAGUCAAGAUCAGAUUCUUCCCCCUCUCGCUCCCCCUCUCGCUCAUUUUGUCGUUCCCAUUUGCAUUCCUACUCGCGAUCGCGGCUGUAUCCAAGAAGAGGCAAAGGGAAGAGUCGUAACUAUUGUUCUAGAUCAAGGUCACCUGGUAAUAGAGCUGGAAAUUACCCUGAAAAAUCUUCUGGAAGAGCGAGCCAUGUCAUCAAAGAUCCUACAAAAUCAAAAGAGAAGGAAGUGGAAUAUCCACAGGGAGAUGGCAAAGGAAAUAAACAUAAAAAACACCAGAAGAGAAGAAAAGGAGAUGAGAAUGAAGGAUUUCCUUCAUUUUGUGAAAAAUCUCCUCGAAUGGAACCUCCUGCGAAAAAAGUGAAGGAGGAGUUGCCAAAGACAGGCAGUGUUGAAACAUCUUCCUCUCAAAAGGGUGAGAAGGUUCUUGGUACCCCACAGAAAGUUCACCCAAAAGUGACAAAAGAUCACCCAGAAACCAGACCAGCCAAGGAGGAAAAGGCAAAGAAAGACCACAAGGAAAAUGACAGUGAGAGUAAUGUAUCUGCAAAAGAUGAGGAAGCUGCAGGAAAAAAUCCCAAAGACCCGAAAGAAAAGUCUGUUGAUAAGGUGAAAGAGGAUACAGCAGCACCUGCUGCAGUUGACCAGCCUGAAGCAAGCAGAAGUCAAAGCCGUCACAGUGUUAGCUGUAGUCAAAGCCCUUCUGAGAGUCAGCCUCGAAGCCACAGCAGCAGUGCCAGCUCAGGAGAGAGUCAAGACAGCAAGAAAAAGAAAAAGAAAAAAGAGAAGCAGCAGCACAAGAAGCAUAAGAAGCACAAGAAGCAUAAGAAACACAAGAAGCAUAAGAAACACAUUGGAAGCGAAGUGGAAUUGGAAAAGAGCCAAAAACACAAACGCAAGAAGGAAAAAUCGAAGGAGAGCAAAGAUAAAGAUAAGCAAACCGUGAAAUCUGUCACUACAUAGAAUGAGGGAUAUUAAAAAAAUGACUUAAUUCCUAAGUCAUCUCUAUUAAAUUUUGUUAAAAUGUAAAUGAAUUCAAGCGUUGCAAAUAGUGACAUGGAAGACCCUGUGCUGCACUUAAAAUAUUGCUGCUUGAUUAUUUGAUUUUUACAUCAGAGCUUUAUAAAAGUGAACAUUUUGAACAGAAUUGUGAGUUGUGGCCACGUAUCAUGAAAGGUUUUGCUGGGGCAUGUUAUUUUUAACCAUUGUUAAUUAGUUUGGGUGGAGUAUACUGCAAAACUUUUCACAGCUGAAUUUUUUUUUAAUUGCCUGGCAGAAGAAGGUGGUACCUGUUAUAAAAUAGCAGCAGCAAAAUGCUUUGCAGAAUACAUUACA